AUGGAUAAUGAUUCUGUUAAUGCAGUUGGCUCAGAAUUUGCAUCUCAAGACACAGUGGGUUGUAAGGAUGUUAAUUCCCACACUGAUGAUAAUACUCCUGUGUCAAAUAUUCCAUCUGGUAAUAGUACAAGUCCAUCAUCAGUAACCGCCACCAACAACCUCAAUUCUCCACCUACAAGUGUCAAACGUAAACUCGUAGAUAUUUAUGAUCUUGAUGAUGAUGUUUAUGAAUCUGCAACAAAACCUAAUGCAUCCCGUGUUGACAAUGACAAAGCUGGAAUAACAACCAAAUUGUUGAUUCCUAAGGUGGAAAAAUGA